AUGUUGCAACUCUACACCUCUGCAAGAGUCGCUGACGCAUCCAGAAUCUACCAGGCUGCCCGGCAAUUGAAGAAUCACUUCGAUGCAACUCCCCAGAGGCAGCAUAUGUCUGAAGUCAGCCCGGCUGGCGAGGCGCCGGUCCGACACGUCCGGUCACUCCGAGCCUCUAUGAAACCGACUGACACUGAAAGUGAAGAAGAAUACUGGGGAAGCAGAGUUAACCGUUCUUCGGGAAGCGCGCUAACCCUGUCCGGGGUUUGCUCCGCACAGCGGAUUUUUGUUGACGAGGAAGCGAAUUGUUUGCCCCUGGCGCUGGGAUUGACCACCGAGUCUCAUCAAGCUGGACCACGUCCUCGUGGGGCUCGUGCCAAGCUUGAGAGCUGCAACUCUGGCUGUCCCAUUGUCAAAAAGGAAAACACUUCUCCGCCGGCAGAGUGCCGCCGAGGACACCGCCGCGAAGAGCUGUCAUGACGAAAAUCGGAUGCGCCCUGCCCAGCCUAAUUAAUGCUAAGCACUUUUGCUCAAACGAAACCAGCAUCCAGCCCUGUCAAGUCCUCGGAUGUGGAGAAAUGUCGUCGAAAAGGCUGUCCCGAAAUACGUGCCACUUCAAGGACCCCACUGCGGUAUGUAAUUUGAUCUUAAGGCAGGCAGAUCCCGACAUC